CAUGAUCAAGUUGUGAUCUUGAAUAAAAGAGGAUCAGGCUCGAUGUGACACUAAGACUGUUCGACACCCUACAAGGAGUUGCUGGAUGAAUCUAAGGAGUAGGAGACUGACUCGAGACUGCUUCUUUAUUCAGCAAAUCAAGGCUGUUGGCAGCAUCCCAACACAGCUGGACACAGCUCGUAUAUGGGCCUGGAUGCUCAACAUGCCUCACAGCCCCCCCAAAGAAGGAGCAAAGGCCCUUAGAGAAAGCGCUGCGGUUUUCAAAGCAACCACGGCUGCGUGCGAUAGUGACAGGGCCUGUGGGCGGGGUUUCUCCUGCGAUCGACACUUUGGCCUUUGUGUUCCUCUACGAGGGGAGGGCCACUACUGUCGGAGGGAUGCCCAGUGUGUCCGCGGACUCAGCUGCAUGUUUGGAAAGUGCCACCGCAGCAUCCCCAACGGACAAGAGGGUGCCAGAUGUAAAGUUGACAGGGAUUGUGGGAAAUCCAUGUGCUGCGCUCGACACCACGGUGAGCAGGUGUGCAAGAGCCGUUUGAUCCGCGGCGAGAGCUGCUACGUGCCCGAUGGCGGCCUGGCAUUCAGCAUAAACCAGAUUUGUCCGUGUGACGAGGGGCUACUGUGUCGAGAUCGCGGUGCAUCCCACCGGAGAGAGAAAGAUUUUAUUUACCUGCCAGAACGAACAAGUUGGACCUGCCAAGUGACCAAAUCUUGAUGCCUCAACACUAAAUGUAUUUAUUAUGUAAAUAUGUUGUAUAUGAUUGUAUAUGUAUUUCCAAAUAUGUUGUAUUACUACUUGUUCUUAUUAGAGUCUUACAGCAAAGACGUUUUUUUAUUAUUUCAUUUUGUACAUUUUGACAAAAGCACUGCUGUAUCUAGCUCUACAAUGCCUUACAGUAUCUUUCUCAUGCAUUUAAUGAUCUUUGAUUAUAUCUAUAAAUGUCUGUUCCCCUUCAGUUCAAAGAAUACAAAUAAAUAUUUUCCAAAAGCAA